CUUCUAGAAUUUCCGAGACCCCGUCUUCUAUCUCCUACGUCACUCUCGUCUCACCUCUCCCUUACCUACUAAAUAAACCCUUUUCCUCUCUUGGUGUAUACUUUAUCCAGAGCCAAUCUGUUCCCUCGAUUUUGCUCAAAUUAUUCACCAAUAAAGUUUAUCUUUUGGCCCAAAAAUCAGCCUGAAAGUUGAUAAAAAUGGCGUCUUCAUCAGCAGCAGCAGCAGCAGCAACCCAAUUUCAGAACCCAUUUUUGCAUUAUAAAACUCCAUUUUUAGGCAAUAAAUUGAGCCCAAAUGGCAGUAGAAUUUCUUUCUGUAAUUUUAAGCCAAGAAGCAGUAAUAAUGGCAGAAAACCUCAGUUCUACAGGCCUUUGAGGGUAGUGAAUGAAAAGGUUGUUGGGAUUGAUUUGGGGACAACGAAUUCAGCAGUGGCUGCCAUGGAAGGAGGGAAGCCUACUAUAGUUAGUAAUGCUGAAGGGCAAAGAACGACGCCUUCUGUGGUGGCCUAUACCAAAAACGGGGAUAGAUUGGUUGGGCAGAUUGCAAAAAGGCAGGCUGUGGUGAAUCCUGAAAACACGUUUUUCUCUGUGAAGAGGUUUGUUGGAAGGAAGAUGUCUGAGGUGGAUGAAGAAUCUAAGCAGGUUUCGUAUAAAGUUGUGAGAGAUGAGAAUGGGAAUGUUAAACUUGAGUGCCCUGCUAUUGGUAAAAGGUUUGCCCCUGAAGAGAUUUCUGCACAGGUAUUGAGGAAACUAGUUGAUGAUGCAUCAAAGUUCUUAAAUGAUAAAGUAACCAAGGCAGUGAUUACUGUCCCAGCAUAUUUUAAUGACUCACAAAGAACUGCAACCAAAGAUGCUGGUCGGAUUGCUGGUUUGGAUGUCCUCAGGAUCAUCAAUGAGCCAACUGCUGCAUCGUUGGCUUAUGGAUUUGAGAAGAAGAAUAAUGAAACCAUUCUGGUAUUUGACCUUGGAGGUGGUACAUUUGAUGUGUCAGUUCUUGAGGUGGGAGAUGGAGUGUUUGAAGUCCUUUCAACCUCAGGUGAUACACAUUUAGGUGGUGAUGACUUUGACAAGCGAGUCGUAGAUUGGCUUGCUGAGGACUUUAAGAGGAAUGAAGGAAUAGAUCUUCUGAAAGAUAAACAAGCUCUUCAACGUCUAACAGAGACAGCUGAGAAGGCAAAAAUAGAAUUGUCUUCUUUGACCCAAACUAAUAUUAGUCUGCCUUUUAUUACUGCUACUGCAGAUGGUCCAAAACAUAUUGAAACGACACUUACAAGGGCCAAAUUUGAAGAAUUAUGCUCAGAUUUACUAGACCGGCUAAAGACACCUGUUCAGACUUCCUUAAGGGAUGCGAAGCUUUCCUUCAAUGAUAUCGAUGAAGUAAUUCUUGUUGGUGGGUCAACAAGAAUACCUGCUGUCCAGGACCUUGUCAGAAAGCUGACUAGCAAGGAGCCUAAUGUUACUGUGAACCCUGAUGAAGUUGUUGCUCUUGGAGCUGCAGUACAGGCUGGGGUCUUAGCUGGAGAUGUUAGUGACAUUGUUCUCCUGGAUGUGACUCCAUUGUCUCUUGGCCUUGAAACCUUGGGUGGUGUAAUGACUAAAAUCAUCCCCAGGAAUACAACCUUACCAACUUCCAAGUCAGAGGUCUUCUCUACAGCAGCAGAUGGACAGACAAGCGUCGAAAUUAAUGUGUUGCAAGGUGAAAGAGAGUUUGUGAGAGACAAUAAAUCUCUUGGAAGCUUUCGUUUAGAUGGUAUCCCACCAGCUCCUCGUGGUGUUCCCCAAAUCGAGGUCAAAUUUGAUAUUGAUGCCAAUGGUAUCUUAUCUGUUACUGCUGUUGACAAGGGUACUGGAAAGAAGCAAGACAUAACUAUUACUGGUGCCAGCACUUUACCCAAAGAUGAGGUGGAUAAGAUGGUUCAGGAGGCUGAAAAGUUUUCAAAGGAGGACAAGGAGAAGAGGGAAGCAAUUGACACCAAGAACCAAGCGGACUCCAUCAUCUACCAAACUGAAAAGCAGCUGAAGGAAUUAGGAGAAAAAGUCCCUGCUGCCGUCAAAGAGAAGGUGGAGGCUAAAUUGACAGAGCUAAAGGAUGCAGUAUCUGGUGGCUCGACCCAAGCCAUUAAGGAUGCCAUGGCUGCACUAAACCAGGAAGUGAUGCAACUCGGACAAUCUUUGUAUGGCCAGCCGGGCGCUCCAGGAGAUGGACCUACACCUGGUGCUGAUGCUGGAGCAUCUGGUUCAACAGGUAAAUCAUCUGGUGGAGAUGAUGGUGAUGUUAUUGAUGCAGACUUCAGCGAGAGCAAAUGAAGAAAAGUAAGAAAUGGCUGAUGUUUUGUGGACUGAGUGUGAAUUUUUGAUAGUAGGGGUAUGUAUAUCAGGUAAAACUGCUCAGCUGGUGGUUAAACUGUUCCAGAUACUAUAGCCAUCCAGAAUUUUUUUAUGUUUCCUGGAUUUGAGGCCAUAUUCACUUAGUAAGAGGGGGGAUUGUAGUUGUAUAUAGUACAUUGAGCUUGAUUACGGUGCAUGGUUCUUCAACGAGUUUUUCUUCUCAAUUGCGCCAUUGUUUCGUCACAAAAUUGGAAUCAGAGUCUUCGAGCGGAUUUUGGACA